CAAAAAUCCCAAAUAGAAUUUUCCCUCCUUUCAUUUCAUUUCGCAUCAUAUAUAUUCUUCAAUAUUUUUCCAUUUCCUUCAAUUCGCACAACAUUUUGAAAGAAACGAGUAAUCGAAAAAUUAGGGUUUUAUCACUCACAAAAAAUCUCACGAAAAUGACGAAGGGUACGAAAAGGGUUGACGCUGUUGAUUCCGCUACAGUUCUCGUUCGUGCCAAAGAUGGCAGUGCCUUCGCCAAAUGUGAUGAGUGUAAGAAGAAUGUUCCUGUUGCACUCAUUAGCAUGCAUGAUUGUAGCCUUGAAGCCAAAAUCAAAAUGAAUCUUGAUUCUCAUGUAGUUGAGCAAGCUGCUGCUGAUGCCAAGAAACCUGAGAGGAAGAAGCCUAGUGCUAAAGAACCAGCUGCAAAAAGGGCUAAGGGUGGGAAAGAUAAGAAAGAGAAGAAGGUUAAGGAUCCCAACAUGCCCAAACGUCCUGCUACUGCUUUCUUUGUCUUUAUGGAUGAUUUUAGAAAAACUUUUAAGGAAGCUAAUCCUGAUUCAAAGGAUGUUAAGAGGGUUGCUAAGGAAGGGGGUGAGAAGUGGAAGUCUUUGACUGAUGAAGAGAAGAAGCCUUAUUUGGAUAGAGUUGCUGAGCUCAAGGCAGAAUAUGAGAAGGCUAUGGAAGCCUAUAAUGCUGGUGAAAAAGAAGAUCAAGAAGGAUCUGAUAAGUCUGAUAAGGAAGCCCCUGCUGCACAAGAGGUUGAAGAGUUAACUGAUGAAGAGUAGUAGUAGAUUUAUGCUAAUCAUACCUGAAUACAAUGUUGAAAAAGCCAUUUGCUCUAGUCUAGAAUUGUAUAUUUUGGAAUGUUUUUGGAUUUAAAUUUAGAUUUUGAUUGAAUUAGAAGUUCCAGUGCAACAUCUUAUGUACUGUUAUCUUGGAAUAUUACCAAUGCUAUGCUAGUUACUUUGUUUCUA